AUGGCCGACGCUGCUGCCCCCGAGCAAUCCAAGAGCGCCUUGAAGAAGGCCGAGAAGCAGGCCAAGAUGGCGGCCGAGAAGGCUGCGAAGGCUGCCAAGCAAGCCGCCCUUCCCGUUGUCGGCGGCAAGAAGAAGACGGACGACAUCAUCGGCAUCACGGUCAAGAAGAAUGAGGACUUCUCCAUGUGGUACCAGGAGGUCGUCCUCAAGGCCGAGAUGGUUGAGUACUACAACGAGAUUGCUGGCUUCUUCAUUCUGCGCCCGGCCUCCAUGUACAUCUGGGGUGUCAUCCGCAAGUGGUUUUCCGAGCGCAUUGAGGCCAUGGGCGUCGACGAGACCAGCUUCCCCAUCUUCCUCUCUUCCAAGUCUCUCGAGAAGGAGAAGGACCACGUUGAGGGUUUCGCCCCUGAAUUGGCCUGGGUCACCAAGGCCGGUGACAAGGACCUCGAAGUCCCAGUUGCGGUUCGUCCCACCUCCGAGGCUGUCAUGUACCCUUACUACUCCAAGUGGAUUCGCAGCCAUCGCGACCUUCCCUUCCGCCUGAACCAGUGGAACUCCGUCGUCCGCUGGGAGGCCAAGCAGACUACCCCUUUCCUCCGCACAAGAGAGUUCCUGUGGCAGGAGGGCCACACCGCCCACCUUACCGAGGAGCUUGCCGGUUUUGAGGUCCGCGAGAUUCUCGAGCUCUACGCUGGUGUCUACGAGGAGCUUCUCGCCGUCCCCGUCGUUCGCGGCACCAAGACCGAGAAGGAGAAGUUUGCCGGUGGUUACUACACUACCACUGUCGAGGGUUAUAUCCCGUCCAACGGCCGUGGUAUCCAGGGUGCCACCUCUCACUGCUUGGGUCAGAACUUCUCCAAGAUGUUUGACAUCACCGUCGAGAACCCCGAGAAGAAGGGCGAGAAGAUCCACGUCUGGCAGAACUCUUGGGGUCUGUCUACCCGUGUCAUUGGUGUCAUGGUCAUGAUCCACGGUGACGACAAGGGUCUCGUCCUCCCCCCUCGCAUCGCCAAGACCCAGGUCAUCCUCAUCGCCGUCGGUAUCACUGCCAAGACCACUCCCGAGGACCGUGAGAAGCUCGAGGGCAAGACCGACGACCUCCGCAACGAGCUGCGCAAGGCCGGCCUCCGCGCCGAGUCUGACUUGAGGGAGGGCUACACUCCCGCCUGGAAGUUCAACGACUGGGAGCUGCGCGGUGUCCCUCUCCGUCUCGAGUUCGGCCCCAAGGACAUGGCCAACCAGGUUGUCAGCUUUGCUCGCCGUGAUACCGGUGAGAAGGGCACCAUCCCCCUGGGCGAGCUCUCCACCAAGGUCCCUGAGCUCCUCGAGACCAUCCAGUCCGACAUGUACCAGAAGGCCAAGAAGUCCUUCGACGAGCACCGUCUGGUUCUCAACGACUGGGAGAAGGUUAUCCCUGCCCUGGACACCAAGAACGUGGUCGUCAUCCCCCACUGCCUGGCUGAGAAGUGCGAGGACCGCAUCAAGGAGUUGACCAACAGCGAGCCCCCUGAGAACGCCACCCUUCCUGAGGGUAAGAAGCAGCCUACCAUGGGCAUGAAGUCCCUCUGCCGUCCUUUCGAUCAGCCCGAGGGCCUCGUUGCUGGCGAGACCAAGUGUCUGAACCCCGACUGCAAGGACUUCGCCAAGGAGUGGGUCAUGUUCGGACGCAGCUACUAA